CUGGGAGCCACAGCUCAACCAAGCAUCCCAUCAACACCAUCAGCGACCUUCAUCGAACACGAAGUACACUCUGCCGUACUCCCAGGUUGCACCACUAUCCUCCCGAACACUCAUCCACCUCAUUCGAGAAGACGUCGACGCGCUCACGAAGAAAACAGAAUACGUCACAGAAGGGCGCCUCCCGGACGCUCACAAGACGAUAUGCCCAGCAAGACACCUCAUACCAACGGCAACGAACCCCUCGAGAAUGGUGUCAACGGUACGAAAGACGUCGAGAUGAAAGAUGAUGCGCCUGCUCCACUGAAAGGUGGCAAGGGCAAGAAGCUCAACGAAAAGGAGGAAGAGAUGACUGUUGUUGUGCCACCUUCAAAAGGCUCAAAGCUGUCGGCUCCUCCUUUGAAGGACACUGAUGGUGAUGUGGCUAUGGAUGGGCCAGAGGACCUUAAUGAUGAGGAUGCUGGCGCCGUCAAGAUUGAUCCAGUAGCCAAGGCCGUAUCAGAUAUCAAGAGCAAUUUCCCGUUAUUGGAGCGCGCUGUUACGAUGUUUGAUGCCAGAUUCUCCCUUCGAGCCCUUCGGUCCAUUUCUGCAAUCCGCAAACGCCUGACACCCGAUAUCCUUGCGCAAGUCAUCACCGAAACGUACCCAUCUACAAACCCUGCUGCGAGAUCUCUCUUGGUUGCCGUCGAUAGAGAAAAUGCUACAUUCACAAAACCGGUUUCGGCCGAGAUGGAGAUUGAUGGAGAUUCCAAGUCUAAGUCGCCGAAGAAGGAGCAAAAAGACAUCAUUCCUGAAAUCGAAAUCUUCCUUGGAAUCCUCACUCAAAUCUACUACCUGGAUAACAAGAUCAAUGGAAAGGGCGCUGAUUUCUCGGCACAUCUUGCUGAGCGAAUACACUCUGAGAACCGCCGAACUUUGGACGCUCUCUCUGCCCGCGUGUACUUUUACUACUCGUUAUUCUGCGAACAAAUGGCUCCCUUGCCUCCAUCUACUUCUUCGCCCGUUGUGUCUAUCCGACCCGCUCUUCUCUCUGCCCUUCGAACAGCCGUUCUCCGAAAGGAUAUCGACACUCAAUCUACCGUCAUCGUCCUCCUGUUACGAAACUACCUAUCAACAUCCCAUAUCGCCCAAGCUGAUCUGCUAGUCACACAUACGCAAUUCCCAGAGGAUGCAUCAAAUAAUCAGGUUGCCAGAUAUUUAUACUACGUAGGCCGCAUCAGAGCUAUCCAGCUGCGUUAUACCGAGGCCCACGAGCAUUUAACGUCUGCAACACGAAAGGCUCCUUCAAGUCCAAGCGCAGCUGGUUUCACGCAGACUGCAACUAAGUUGUUGCUUGUGGUACAGUUGUUGAUGGGUGAUAUUCCUGACCGUGCUAUUUUCCGCCUCACAAGCAUGGAACGUCCCUUGGCACCUUAUUUGGAGCUUGUCCAAGCCGUGCGAGUAGGCCAAUUGGGAGAAUUCGAACAUGCCAUCAAGCAACACGGCGAUACCUUCAGACGUGACGGCACAUACACUCUCAUUCUGCGCCUCCGACAAAACGUCAUCAAGACCGGUAUCCGAAUGAUGUCCCUGUCCUACUCGCGAAUUUCCCUCCGAGAUAUCUGCAUACGCUUGAAGUUGGAGAGCGAGGAGUCUGCGGAGUACAUCGUUGCAAAGGCUAUUCGGGAUGGUGUCAUUGAGGCUUCCUUGGACCGUGAGCGAGGCUUCAUGAAGAGCAAGGAGGUUGGGGAUGUUUAUGCUACGAGAGAGCCAGGAGAGGCGUUCCAUGACCGUAUCCGUGCUUGUCUCGCCCUCCAUGAUGAGAGCGUCAUGGCAAUGCGUUUCCCAAUGAACCAGCACAGACUAGAGCUCAAGAACGCCCAAGAAGCACGAGAACGCGAGCGCGAAAUGGCCAAGGAAAUCCAAGAUGGCGACCUGGACGAGGACGAUCUGGGUGGCGAAUUCGAAGGUAUGUAAGAUGGGUUUGGACCGGGUGGGGUGAGAAUCUCUCAAUGUACACAAAUGGGGCCUUUUCGUAGCAUGGACUUGGGGGAUGGGAGUGAGAGGUGGAGACGAGGAUGGGGAUGGGGUUUGGUGGCACUUCACGAUAUUGUCUUGCUACUGCACCUUACACUCCUAACAGUCAUUCUCUUUUGGAUGGGAUAGACAUGGCGGUGGAGCAUGUAAUUUCCAUUCGAGGGAGAGAAGCACUGCUACAUUAGUUUUCGCGCUGGCACUGGUUUCGAUUGCGCGCCUGUUGCGUGAACGUUGCGGGCGUCGGCAUGACGAGUAGUAAUUGAUAGAUGUUCCUUUACCUUUUCCUUAGAAUUCUUCCAUGCGCCAUUAAAUGUGACUGUAUGC